AUGGAAAACUAUCCCAAAGAACUCUCGGUGGUGGAAAUACGCAAGUUUAUGUUGGAGAAUAACUGCAAAGUGACCAAUCAUGCAUUAGUUAAGCACUUUCGCAGUUUUCUAACCAACAGAGACACACAAGAUGAAGCGAGAAAACGUUUCAAAACCUACGUGAAUCAGUUGGCUGCGAUUAAACACGAAGGGACAGAGAAAUAUCUCGUCCUUCGGAGGAAGUACUAUGAUGAUAUACCACUGGAAGAGUCAUCGAAUAUAAGUGCCGCACUGCCAACGAGUCCCGCCUCACGAUCCUUUGCACCAUCUGAAGGUGAAGAGUCUCCGAUGCGUCAGCCACCGCCGUACCGACCACCACCUGUAGUGGCGUCCGAUGCAAUUCAUUAUCAACCUAGCCCGCGUGGCAGUAUUGCACUAAACCGUCGCAACAGCUCAGAUUGUGCUCGGAGUGAAUCCGAAAUAAGUUUUGGCAGUGAUUUUUCACACGUGGAUAUAAAAAAGAUCAAUCCAGUGCUCGCACGUAGUGACAGUAGUGACGCAUACUUAAUGCAGCAGUGCAUGCAAAAACAAAGUGCAGAAACGCCUGGAGAUGGAGAGGAACCACCGGCAAUACCACCGCGAAGAAAAAACAGUGCGUUUGGGUUCUCUUCAAGGCAUAAUUCCAUUGAAGGAAACUCCGUCGAGUAUCCAGCGGCAUGCUCUGAAAAUAAGGAGAACGCACUGUCGGAACUAGAAGGCAACCAUGCAGAAUCGACGGAAGAAAAUAAGUUAAGUGUUAAGGAGAAGAUGAUGAAGUUCAAUCGAUUUGCUUCGGAAGAAGAAGCUAAAAUCCCGUCUCCAAUCGGAAAGAAAAAACCGGAAAAGGCUUCAGAUGAGAUAAUGAAUUCCGAAAAUGUGCUCCAGCAUCCAAAGGCCAAGGAAUGGUUAAUCGCCGCUGCCAAAUCGGAUUUUCAAGCGCUGGCCAAACUCUCAAAUGAACAUCCCAAUUUAGUAAAGCUGCAGGAUGUGAGCCGUAUUACGGCACUUCACUGGGCAGCGAAGCAUGGUAAUGAAGACGUCAUUAAAUUGGUAGCCGGAAAAUUGAAGGCCGAUGUCAAUUCUAGAACGAACGGGGGAUACACUGCUCUGCAUAUUGCAACCCAAUUCGGCAGAAAUGAUAUUUUUGAACUGCUUUGCAACGUAUACAAGGCCGAUCGAGAUUUGCUCGACUGGAGCGGUAAGAAACCGUUGGAGUACCAGAAGCAAAUGACGAGUGUGUCGGCUUCGACCUACAGCAAAAUCAAGGCCCGGAAAAAGCACUCAGAAAAAGACUCGGGAUUCCUGAGGAUUGGUUCUCUGAACGUACGAGUGAAGAAAACUACCGAAGCCUUCAGCAACUUUUUGGGAGUUGGCACCAACCAGACCCGGAUGCCAGCAGCGACAGUGGUUAGAUCUAGCGCCCCGCCACACGGUGGCAUUUUCAUCGACAAGAUACAUAAGAAUUGGGGCUCGGCAGACAAUGUUCAGCAGGAAGAUGCCACUAGUAUGCCGCCACCGAAGCUCGGCUCUACUAAGAAACGACGGCAGAAGCGCGAUAUCGAGUACGACUCUAGCAGCGAUCACUUCAGUCACAGCGUGCCCACAACGCCUUCUCAGGUGCGUGCACCGGUUAGCACACUGUCGGAAAAUCCCGAUGGAGAAUCCAUGGGUGACUCCGAUUCCGAUACUGCCUGCGGAUUUGAUUCAAACUGGCGACCAACUUAUAUUUAGAAGGUUGCUUCGCCCUUUUCUAGUUUUACAUGCACUUUUUUCACACCACACAAUCAUGGAAUGAUUGUCACGGACCUUGUAUGCGAAAUAUGGGCGUACCGAUUAUCUCAA